AUGGAGUGGACCAACAAUUUGACCUGUAGCACCAAUGGUGGCGGGGAUGGUGACUGGGACGCUUCUGUGCCAUGGUCCGUCCAUAAGACUUUGGGUAGUUUUCAGCGGGCUGUAAUUGGAGAUCAGUCUUUCCCGUCUGCUAAGGCAAAUGUUAAUCCUAACCUGGGCGGCUGGUAUCCCUUAGACGAUCUUCAGAUCUCCCUUGCCAGUCUUUACCAAAACAAAAAAUAUACGGAUUUGACUGUUGUCGCGGGUUCUGAAGCUUUCCAAGUCCACCGCUCCAUCGUCUGUCCCCGUUCAGCAUUCUUUGCAGCUGCCUGUGAUGGCAAUUUUCACGAGGCAUCUUCCGGUGUAAUCAACCUAAACGAGGAUCCAGUUUUAGUCCAAAAGAUGAUCGAAUUUCUCUAUACCCUGCAAUACUCCAUUCCAACGAGCGCCUCUGAGAGUUACGUCGAAGCUUCAGCUGCCGAAACAGCACCUGACAACGGAAAGCUAGCUACCAAGCAGCCCCAGCCAGAGCAGGUUGUCCACAAGGCAGCCAAUACGAGCAAAAACAAAAAUAGACACAAGAAAAAGAUCAAAGAUAAGGAAAAGGCAGCAUACACCGAGCAUUCAACCUCCAGUAAACAGGCCAGCGACAAUUCCCCUUCGCACUGGGACCUAGUCUCGCUCCAUAUCAUGAUGUAUGCUCUUGGGAACCGCCUGAUGAUCGAAGGCCUGAAGAGCUAUGCAAAGGAGUUGUUUGAAUGGAAACUGAAUUCCCCAACCGGUUUAAAACAGAUUCCAAGAGCCAUUGCUGAGAUUUACAGCAGCACCCCCGAACACGACCGUGAGCUGAAAGGUUUGGUAGUCGCGAUUGCUGCAAAAAAAACUGCACGAUCUCAGGCAUGCGACACAGGAAAGUAA